CACAAAUGAAGGAGCAAUAACUCAUCACUUUCCCAUAAGCUAGCUUUGCAUUUGUACUUUGGCAGAACUCCACGCCCUAAACUCCCGGAUAAUUUCGCUCGCUAAACCUGGGGAAAAAUACAUCUUCAAGACAUUCUCAUUAUCUACCGCUACUAGCACAAUGCAUUGGUCCACUGUCCUCUGCAUAGCGUCUGCAUGGUCUCCACUCAUAGGUAAAGCAAUUGCUUCACACGGAGAUGAUCUUUAUGCAUUUUCGGAUUGUGUAUACCAAUGUGAACAAGUCACCUGUCACAACAAUCAUUAUUACGAGUUCCAGUGGAGGUUCCGGAACAUUCUCAAGGACGAACCUGAUUUCGAGUUCAAGUACUACAAUGGAGACUGGGAGUUUGACUCCAUUCCGUUGCCUCUCCAUCUUCGACUCUUAGGCUGGACGUGCGAGCUGAACUGUGACUACCAGUGCCAAAGAAUCAUUCACCAGAUGAGAAAGGACAACAACGAGGAGCUCUACCAAUAUCACGGCAAGUGGCCAUUCCUCAGAGUGUACGGAAUUCAAGAGCUUGUGUCUGCUAUCUUCUCGGUGGGCAACUUUUACGUAAACUGGUUAGGAUUCAAGAGGGUGUUUGGAUUGAUGAAGGACAAAAAACUCGAUCCAAGACUCACAUACGCCAACUACAAUGUCCUCUUUCUUGCUGUUGUGUCGAUGAUGGCAUGGACGUUUUCCACCAUAUUUCAUUUCAGAGAUUACGACCUUACCGAGAAGUUGGACUAUUACUUUGCUGGCUUGACCGUUUUGAGUGGGUUCCACUUCAUUGCAUCGAGGUUGUUAGGUCUGUUCGAGCCCGGAAGAGUGUAUUCUCGAAUCAGCUUAGGAGCAAUCUGUGUUGGAGCGUAUGCUUGUCAUGUGUAUAGGCUCGUGAACGACUGGUCUUAUACGUAUAACAUGCAAGCCAACAUAGCCGUGGGGGUCUUACAGAACGGUGGAUUGGGCUUAUUGGUGUACAGCUUAUACAGCAAAUUUUAUGCAGAAGAACAGGCAAAGAAAGCAAGCCAUAAUGGGAUCGAAAAAGAAAACAUCAUGAACGAACCGGCAAAUCUUUCCUUCUUGAAGUACACUUCAUUACGCAGAGUGAUACUACCAAGUUUCUAUGCCAACUCACCUAAGCUAUACUCUUUGUAUCCAUUACUAUUGAGUACAAUUGUGAUGUUGGGUAUGUCGUUGGAGGUGUUUGAUUUUCCGCCAUUCUUUUUUGAUCUUGUGGAUGCCCAUGCAUUGUGGCACCUUGUAACAAUUUUCCCCGCCUAUUACGGGUGGUUUGACUGGUUGGUCUGGGAUAUUAAUGAAAACAUCUUGGAAAAGGCCAAAAGCGAUUGAGCUUGGGAUAUUUCAGCAAGAAGUCUACAUAAGCUUGUUACGAUAAAAGUACCCCUUGAUAUCUUCUGGAUAGCCCAUUUUUCAUAGACCUUGAGUAAUAUAUUUAUUUGGAAAUAGCUAUGACUUCCACCGUAAAAGAACCUCCUGC